CCCAUGGCAGCAACGUCGUCUGACUCGGCAGCACUUGGGAAGCAGGAAGGAGGAGAGCCAAUAGCAACCGCAGAUGCACGAUUCCUCGAGGAGGAAAGAAGGGAGCUUUCUCUUCUCAAAGAGGUGGAUGAGCUGCGGGGUCUUUCCUCCGCUAUGUCUAUGUUUGGGUGCUGUUGGGAUGACUUGCAGAAGCAUCUGGAUUUCAUCCAAAAUGCCAUCGAUGUGAGGAUUAAGCGGGCUUAUACGGACCACGUGACUCCACUGCAGCUUCCGUUGCCACUGCCGCUGGAGGUUGUCUCUGCAGCAGAUGCCCCCGCUUCCGGUUCUGCUAAUUCAGCCCUUUCGGAUUCGGCCAGGUUUUCUAGCCGAGAUUUCGCGCAAGGCUUGUCGCUCAGUAGUGAAACGGCCAAGAACUCCCCCUUCUCCGAACUUGAGUCGCUCUGUGAGACGAUGGGUAGUCGUGGCCUACGUAAAUACAUCGCUAAUUGUCUGUCAGACGUUGCUAAACUCCGUGAAGAAGCUCCCGCAGCUCUUAAGCGUGCCCCCAACCCUGCCAAGCUCGUCUUGGACUGCAUUGGCCGGUUUUAUCUCCAGGGUAGCAAAGCGUUUACCAGGGAUUCUCCGAUGAUUCCCGCGCGGCAGGCCUCCGUACUCAUAUUGGAAUUCUUUCUCCUCUCGGGCUGUGUCGAGAAUGAGAUUGAUCCUUUGGUCAAGGAAGAAGCUGAGAUCGCAGCAAUUGCUUGGAGGAAGAGGCUGAUCAGUGAAGGUGGUGUCUCCAAGGCUCAUAGCAUGGACGCUAGAGGGCUGCUUCUUUUUGUCGGUUGCUAUGGCAUCCCGGCCGUAUUUGAGUACAAAGAUCUCAAUAAUCUUUUUCGACUGAGUACUCCGAGGGAGAUUGCCGAUGCCCUUAGACGGUCGCGCUUCCUCCUUGAAAGAGUCCCAGAUAUGAUUCAUGGAUUGGUGAAGAACAAAAUGCAUAUUGAAGCUAUUGAUGUUGCUUGUACUUUUCGGGUUGAGGAAAAAUUCCCUCAAGAAAUUCUUGCAUCAUUUUUACGUGAAUCCAAAGAAGUCUGGAAAAGAACAAGGAGAGAAGCACAAGGUGCUCCUGCACCACUGAAAGAAGCAAAUGAAAAGCUGCUUGCUGCUCUGAAAUCCUUAAUUAAGUGUUUGGAGGAUCACAAGAUGGAUCCUAUGAAGAUUCUUGCUGGAUGGCAUAUCAAUGACAAAAUAACCAACUUGGAGAAAGAGAUUGCAGAUCUAGAAAGGAAAAUAGAUGAAAAAGCAAAUUUGAAGAGGAAAGCUGGCAUAAUUGAGUCUUCAAAAAAGAUGAGAACCCAAGAAGUGAGACAUCCUUGGCCUACCACAAAUGUUUCGCCUCAGGGACCUCCUGCAAUCUUGGUGUCACAAGAUCGGAGGACUUUUGGUCUCAUUGGAGGCAACAACUCAAAUGAUGGGUUUUCUGGUAACAAACUUUACACCGGUGGAUUCCCUGGAGUGCUCACUGGAUACUCAGGUAUCUCAUCAAUGGCUAGUGCUGUAGUACAAGAUGCAACUGAAAACGUUCUGAGCACUAUAGCUGGCAUUGGCAGUGGGGUUUCAACUGUAGCAGCAGCUGGGACGUCAAGAGGAAGUGGUGGUUUUCGGUCCACUAGCCCAUUAUCUGGAAUUCGUGGUGCUUUACUUGGGGGAGAUGGGGUUGGGCAAAUAACAGCUAAGGGUGUUGGGCCGUGUGGAUGGUAUGGGGAUGGAACUUUCAAUAAUGGUUCUGUUGAGAACAGUUCAAAUGAUACAGCAUCCAGGAGGAAAGGCAUGUUUGGGUUGCAGCCAUCUCUGGAACAAGGCUUUGUGGGUCUGCCGACAACACCAUACCUCUCUGUUGUGAAGCAAAGUUCAGGAUCAAAUCUUUAUAGAUUUGCAGAUGCAGUUUUGGAAGGUGAUUCCUAUUACGGUGGUGGCUCUUGCACUACCAAUCCUUCUUCUUCCAUGCAUGUUCCUCAACCAUCUUUCCCGCAAUGAAUGGACAACAAUUCCCAUCUCUGGCAUGUUUGUUGGAAUUUCUACGCUCUCUCUCCUCUAUAUGUUGGUAGGAGUUGCAAGGACUUGGAAAUCUGAUGCUUUGUUGGAGUCUACAUUCUCUCACGUGUUUGUUUUCAGCGCUAAUUGUUGCAUGAAGUCUGCUACAGUUAAUGAUCAAAUGGCUAUCU